AUGGGUAAGGCUGAAGGAAUCAUCAACGAUGAGAUCCCAAACUGCUGGGAGUGUCCAAAGUGCCACAAGGAGGGAAAAACCAGUAAAGACCAGGCGGACGGCUCGGGGAAACGGAGGCUGGAUAACGGAGAGGUCGGCCGCUGGAAGCUCACCGACGACCCCCCCCCUAAGAAGAAAGCCCCUCCCUCCCUGGAGGAGGGCGGGAGACAGGAGGGGGGGAGACAGGAGGGGGGGCACAAGAGGAAGAAGGAGAAGGAGCUGCCGCAGGACAGCGGGCCCAAGAAGAAGAUAAAGGGCGGCCAUGAGAAGCGUCUGAAAAAGAAACCCAAGCAGGAGGUGCUGGAGUCCAACGGGCCCCCCCCCUCAGGCUCAGCAGGAGGUCUGCCGGGCUCCUCCUCUCUCCCCCAGGGGGGCGGCGUGGGAGGAGCAGGAGGAGCAGGGGGGCCCUCCAGUGCAGACCAGCGCUCCCAUCACAGGGAGAAACUGGAACGCUUUAAGAGGAUGUGUCUGUUGGAGCGCCGGCCAGAGUCUUCCUCCUCCUCUUCCUCCAGCUCAGAGUCAGACUCAGAGUCAGACUCUGAUGACUCCCUGAGGGGGGAGGAGCAAGGGGGCGGGGGCUCCUCACCCUCCUCCUCCUCCCCCGCCCCUCCUCCUCCUGUUGUCUACAGCGGGGGGAGGGUGGAGCGAGAGAGGAGGGAGAGAGAGAGGGAGCGAGAGAGGGAGAGACGAUUGGCUGAGCUGGGAUUCAGUGCCAGUGAGGAGUCAGAGGGGGAGGGAGGGAGGGGGGAGGAGGAGGUGAGGGAGGAGGAGCAGGGGGAGAAGGCACAACGCAGGGGGGAGGCGGGGCUUCAACAGAGAGGACGGAAAGGGGGAGGUGACGACGAGGAAGACACGCCCCCUUCUGACAGGACAAGGAAAAACUCCUCCUCUCUCCCCCCGCCCUCACCCCUCUCGUCCAAUCAGAUGCCUCCGCAGCACGACGGGAAGCAGCGCAGCAACGGGCAGGAGGCGAGGAAUGGGAGGACACGAGGGGGGGUGGCGGGAAGGGAGGGGGGAGAGAAGGAGAACGCCAGCGGGGUUCUGACCAAUCACAGACACAGUGGAGGAGGAGGGGGGGGCGGGACCAAAGGGAGCCGCGGGAACAAGAUCCGUAGCAACAACAGCAAAACGUCCAGGAACAGUAGCUCCUCCUCCCUCCCCUCCUCCAAUGGGGGAGGAGCAGGGGGAGGCGGCCUAACGAUGGCCGCCUCCCCCUGCUCUUCCCGCCUGGCCUCCCGCUCUCAGGUGGUGAAGCGCAGCCCCCCCGCUGUGCCCUCCCCCCCCCGUCCCGUGCAGAUGGAGAGGCACCUGGUGCGCCCCCCCCCCCACUGCCCAGAGCCCAGGUCCCUCCCCCUGGACUCUGGCUCCUCCCACAUCAUGACCCGCGACGCAUGGCUGAGCGUCUUCACUCACCUGAGCCAGAGGGAGCUGUGCGUCUGCAUGAGGGUGUGUCGCACCUGGAGCCGCUGGUGUUGUGAUAAGAGGCUGUGGACACAGAUUGAUCUGAGUAGGCAGCGGUCCAUCACCCCCCCGAUGCUGAGUGGUAUAAUCCGCCGUCAGCCCGUCUCCCUGAACCUGGGCUAUACCAACAUCUCCAAGAAACAGCUGAUGUGGCUCAUCAACCGCCUGCCUGGUCUGCUGGAGCUGAAUGUGAGUGGCUGUCCCUGGUCAGCUGUGUCUGCUCUGUGUCAGGCGGUCUGUCCCUGUCUGAAGCUGCUGGACCUCAGCAGGGUGGAGGACCUCAAAGACUCUCACCUGAGGGAGCUGCUGGCCCCGCCCCCUGACACCAGGACAGCUCACGGUGAGACCAGAGUGGGGCGGUUCCAGAACGUGACGGAGCUGCGAUUGGCCGGCCUGGAUCUGACGGACGCGUCGUGCCGGCUGCUGGUUCGCUACGUGCCUCACCUGAGCCGCUUGGACCUGAGUCAGUGCGGGAACAUCUCAGACCAGGCGUUACACACCCUCACCUGCUCUGCCUCCCCCCUGAGGGAGAGCCUCACUCACCUCAGCCUGGCAGGCUGUCUCAAGGUGACGGAGCAGCUCCUCCCUCUGCUGCGCCGCUGCUCCACCCUCCAAACAGCUGACCUGCGCUCCUGCUCGCUCCUCCCCCCCGAGACGGGACAGUUGCUCUGCUUCCCCCCCUCCUCCUCUUCAUCAUCCUCUUCAUCAUCCUCCUCUUCCUCUGCCACCACCACGGCUGCUGCUUCGUCCUCCUCCUCCUCCUCUUCCUCCUGUCCUCCUGAAGACAGAACGCUGCUGAAGAACAGCUAAACACACACACACACACACACCUGGGUACACUACACAGGUGAGGAAGAGGAGGCAACAUUUCUGCAGAGGAAGAAGAAGAAGAGGGAGAAGAGGGUAUUUUGGGAGAGUUGGGUAAUCGUUAAAUAGAAACCCUGAGCAUGUACAUAUUUGUUCUCUGUACAAUUUUGGGUGUGUGUAUAUAUCUGUAGUUUACUGUAAAUGACCCUUAACCUUUGAGACACCCCCCCUACACUCCUUUCCUCCCUUCCUUUCCUCCCCUCCUCCCCUCCUCCCUCUCUCUCUCCACCCUCCUGCUCGUCACUAGCUGCAGGGAAAUGUUAAAAAUCUAAAAUCAAUCAUCUGUCUGUGAUGUGACUGGACACACACACACACACACACACACACACACACACACACACACACACACACAGGAAGUCCGUACGUUGAGUGUGUGUGAACUUUAAAUCAGCCCGGUUGGUCGUUUACAACCCUGUUCAUCCUUUUUGUUUUAUUUAUUUAGACAAAAAAAAAAGCGAGGUGCAGGUGUUUCUGUGUUGGUCCCUGAAGGCAUCAUCUCUCUGGUCCCUGAAGGCAUCGUCUCCCUGGUCCAAUGGGAUGAGAUGUUUUUAAAUCCACCAGUGAGAUAUUUGAUGUGGUAGAAUUAAAAUUGUGCUAACCACAGCCCUGAUCUCAGACCAAAAACACAUACAGAGAACCAUUGACCUCCAGACCAGGGGACAGGAAGUGAUGCUGACUCAUGCCAAGCUUUAGGACUCAUUCCUGCACCUCUCUAAAGUCCUCAGAUGUUUGUUUUUUUAUUAAAAACGAGCCUUAAUUUACAAAUACAUCAUAUUGCGUUUCAUCAGACAGGCUAGCAGUUUCCCUCCGCUCCCAGUGUUGGUGCUAAGCUAGGCUAACCUGAAGUGUGUGUGUGUGUGUGUGUGUGUGUGUGUGUGUGUGUGUGUGUGUGUGUGU